AUAGCAGUGGGAAUAUCUAUCUUCAAGAUCCUACUUCACGUGUCUCGACCAAACACUCUGGUUUUGGGAAACAUACCAGGAACACAGAUAUACCAUAACCUAAACCAAUACAAAGAAGCUUCAAGGAUUCCUUCAUUUCUCAUUCUAGCUGUUGAGUCACCCAUUUACUUCGCCAAUUCAACUUACCUGCAAGAAAGAAUACUCAGAUGGGUACGAGAAGAGGAAGAGCGUGUGAAAGCAAACAAAGAAAGUACAUUGAACUGCUUAAUCUUGGACAUGACAGCUGUGACUGCCAUAGACACAAGUGGGCUUGACACACUACGUGAACUUAGAAAGAUGCUGGAAAAAAGAUCAAUUCAGCUUGUGCUGGCAAAUCCGGUUGGAAAUGUGAUGGAGAAGUUACACAAGUCAAAAGUAUUGGACUCUUUUGAGGAGAAAGGACUGUAUCUCACUGUGGCAGAAGCUGUGGCUGCCAUUUCAAUUCCCUGAAAGAGCUCAGCCUCCACUCCAAUUGAUGGUUGAUCAUGAGAUAUAUUGAUAACUAACAACAGCUUUAGUCUUUUGGCUCUAAUGAUAGUGACAGGCAAAAUCUUGGCUCAGGAGUGAUUCUUCUUUGUGGGUCAAAAAAGGAGCAUCCAAAAGGCCAAGUGAAGUGGGAUACUUGUAGGACUUUUUUCCUGUGUAAAUUUCGAUAGAACGAAAUAAAAAAUAGCGAUGGCAAAACAUACAAUUACAAGAAUAACGAAGCACAUUGUAAACUUUGUUCAAAUCAAUCGAAUACUUGAAAUGAAAAAGGUUAGUAAAAGAAACAAAUGGAAUGUUCAACAUGCAA